AUGGGAAAUAUUUGUAAUAGAGAAUAAAAUGACGAAUUGUUUAGGGAUUCCUUAAAAAAUACUUAUUUUUAGGAAAUUGAAGAGUAGCCAUAUGCUCCUAUUAAGCCGAUAGUAUUUCACUAAAAUAUAUAAUUAGAUUUAAAAUAUAAUUGAAAGAGAAAAUUAAUUAUAGGUUGGUGUUUGCUUUGAUAAAUCAGAAAUUAUAAACUAAGAAAUAUGCAUUUAACUAUGGUAAGGGUUAGUAGGGAAUCCAGAAAUUACAGAUGAAGGAUAGAAUAUAGAUUUAUAAAAAGCUUUAUAUGCUAUUCAUAAAAAUAAGCCUGAACGCUUUGCAGAAGUUUUAGAAUAUGCUGGAGGAGGAUAAAUAAGAUGGUUCGUUUGGAAAACUUUAUUAUUUAGUUGUAUUAAAUAAAAGCAUUAAGCAAUGAAAAUUAGAUAAACUGAAAGAUUAUCAGUAGUAGAACGAGAUGUUAAAAGAACUUUUCCAAAGUAUUAUUCAUUUUUAGAUUAGUCAUCCUUUUUUUUUAUUAGAAUCUUAAAACUCUUAAUUAUUGAGUUAACUAUUGAAUUUAGUAGGAUCAACUUUUAAAGGGAUUGGUUAUACUUAAGGAAUGAAUUUCAUUCUAGCUUUUAUGCUUAUGUAAUCAGGUGGAAAUAUAGAAUAAACAUGGUCUGCUUCUUUUAUUAUGUUUUAUUGCUCUAAAUGGAUGUUAUAUGCGAUUUAUAUGACAGAAUUUCCUUUAAUGAGACUUAUUUGUGCUGUAACUAAAGAGAUUCUCAAAGAAUAAGAUAUUUAAUUAUAUAAACAUUAUAUGAAAUUAGAUAUAGAUGAUUCUUAUUUACUUUGUAAAUGGAUUUUUACUUUAUAUUUAUACAAUAUUCCAAAAUAAGCUUGCUUACAUUUUUGGGAUAUUAUAUUUUAAAAUGGCAUUUUUAUAAUUGCUUCAAUUAAUUGUUUUUUACUAAUUUCUAUAAGAACUUCCAUUUUGACUUUCUAAAAUUCAACGUAAUUUUUGGAAUUUGCAUAGGAAUUGUAAUAAAACUAAAUUUGUUAAAAUUACAAAGAAAUUAAAAAUUAAGCAUUAAAGACAAUUCCAUAAAAAAAAUUAAUUCUUAAUUGUGUGAAUUUAAUCAAAGAUUAAUAUGAAAAAAAUNCAAAGGUUUAAAUUUUUAUUGCCUUUUAUUUAAAAUAUAUUAGAAAUUGGGUUUAUUUCUUUUAUUUAGUUUUUAUAUGGGAAAUAUUUGUAAUAGAGAAUAAAAUGACGAAUUGUUUAGGGAUUCCUUAAAAAAUACUUAUUUUUAGGAAAUUGAAGAGUAGCCAUAUGCUCCUAUUAAGCCGAUAGUAUUUCACUAAAAUAUAUAAUUAGAUUUAAAAUAUAAUUGAAAGAGAAAAUUAAUUAUAGGUUGGUGUUUGCUUUGAUAAAUCAGAAAUUAUAAACUAAGAAAUAUGCAUUUAACUAUGGUAAGGGUUAGUAGGGAAUCCAGAAAUUACAGAUGAAGGAUAGAAUAUAGAUUUAUAAAAAGCUUUAUAUGCUAUUCAUAAAAAUAAGCCUGAACGCUUUGCAGAAGUUUUAGAAUAUGCUGGAGGAGGAUAAAUAAGAUGGUUCGUUUGGAAAACUUUAUUAUUUAGUUGUAUUAAAUAAAAGCAUUAAGCAAUGAAAAUUAGAUAAACUGAAAGAUUAUCAGUAGUAGAACGAGAUGUUAAAAGAACUUUUCCAAAGUAUUAUUCAUUUUUAGAUUAGUCAUCCUUUUUUUUUAUUAGAAUCUUAAAACUCUUAAUUAUUGAGUUAACUAUUGAAUUUAGUAGGAUCAACUUUUAAAGGGAUUGGUUAUACUUAAGGAAUGAAUUUCAUUCUAGCUUUUAUGCUUAUGUAAUCAGGUGGAAAUAUAGAAUAAACAUGGUCUGCUUCUUUUAUUAUGUUUUAUUGCUCUAAAUGGAUGUUAUAUGCGAUUUAUAUGACAGAAUUUCCUUUAAUGAGACUUAUUUGUGCUGUAACUAAAGAGAUUCUCAAAGAAUAAGAUAUUUAAUUAUAUAAACAUUAUAUGAAAUUAGAUAUAGAUGAUUCUUAUUUACUUUGUAAAUGGAUUUUUACUUUAUAUUUAUACAAUAUUCCAAAAUAAGCUUGCUUACAUUUUUGGGAUAUUAUAUUUUAAAAUGGCAUUUUUAUAAUUGCUUCAAUUAAUUGUUUUUUACUAAUUUCUAUAAGAACUUCCAUUUUGACUUUCUAAAAUUCAACGUAAUUUUUGGAAUUUGCAUAGGAAUUGUAAUAAAACUAAAUUUGUUAAAAUUACAAAGAAAUUAAAAAUUAAGCAUUAAAGACAAUUCCAUAAAAAAAAUUAAUUCUUAAUUGUGUGAAUUUAAUCAAAGAUUAAUAUGAAAAAAAUAUAUAAGCUAAAGAAUUUUUUUAAUUAUUACUUGAUUGUUUAUUAAAAACUGAUUUCGAUAAAAAAUACUAAAUUUGGAUGGAGAAUAAUCUUAAAAAUAAUUCAGAUUGA